AUGGGAUUCCUCUACUCGCAAUUGUUUGUCACUCCGACAUCCCCCACCCAGUCCUUUGCUGGCCAGACAGUCCUAGUCACCGGCGCCAAUGUCGGUCUAGGGUUAGAAGCUGCACGACACAUCACGCGACUAGGUGCGUCGCGAGUGAUUCUCGGAGUGCGGAAUGUGGCGGCAGGAGAGGAGGCCAAGGAGGACAUCGAACGGUCAACCGGUCGCUCCAGCGUGUGUGAAGUCUGGAAAGUGGAUCUAGCGUCCUAUGAAUCCGUGAUCGCUUUUGCCGGGCGCAUUUCGCAGCUCCCCAGGCUCGAUGCAGUGAUCCUCAACGCUGGAAUCGCCACAGCGAAGUUUAACACCGCCGAGGGCUAUGAGCAAUCCAUAACUGUCAACGUCAUCAAUAGUCUUUUCCUCGGCCUUCUUCUGCUGCCAACUCUGAAAGCUACACGGCAAACAGACCCAUCUCGCACGCCCCGCCUCAGCUUCGUUGUCAGUGAGGUACACGCAUGGGUGGGCUUUCCAGAAUGGAUCGAAGACCAACCAAUGAAAGUCCUCAGCAAUCCGGAAAAGGCCAAAAUGAACGAGCGAUAUCAACUCUCCAAGCUACUCGAGGUGCUGCUAGUACGGGAACUAGCGAGCCGACUGCGUGGUUCUGAUGUGAUCAUCAACAUGUUGAACCCUGGUCUCUGCCACUCACAGCUCGGGCGGGAAGGAAGCAUACCACUGAGGCUACUCAAGCUAGGCCUCGCGCGAUCUACAGAGGUUGGAUCUCGAACACUAGUGGCUGGGGCUACGGCUGGAGUUGAAAGCCACGGUGCAUAUAUGACCGAUGGACAUGUGGAGAAUACUGCAUCCUCAUCUUUUGUGCGCAGUGAAGAGGGGCGCCAAGCGCGUGAGAAGCUCUGGGCUGAGCUCUCCACGAUCCUCGAGGGUGUUCAUCCUGGAAUCAUGCAGAAUGUUUGA